AUGCGUGCAGCCGUAUUCAUAAAUAUCUUAUCCUCGGGCCUCGGGAAACGAUCCCGCCCGACAGUAAAGGCGACUGCUGCUGGGAGUGCUACCAACCUUCACACUGGCCGCUUGUUCCCCUGGGAUCUUAUCGCUGGUACCAAAUUCCUCACCGACUCUGGUGCCGAGGUUAGCGUGAUCCCGCCAACACCGGCCGACCGCAAACAAUGCAGCACAUCGUGUUUUACUGCUACCAAUAAUUCCAGCAUCCCUACCUUUGGUCAGCGCUCCAUUAUGCUUUAUUUGGGCCUUCGACGGACUUUUCGAUGGGUUUUCGCCGACGUCUCUGUCGCUCUCAUCGGUGCUGAUUUUCUAACUCAUUUCGACCUGCUAGUCGAUCUGAAAAAUCGCCGACUCGUUGACAGCGUGAUGACCCUCUUUCUUCGGGAUGCCCUCUUCCCACCGCAGCUGGUACCAUCUCUUGUGACAUUUCCACUGGACACGAACGUCCCUUUGUCCCAGCAACUUUAG